GCGCAAACUGGCGACGGGAGCAACGGUCGCAGCACGCGGUACACGCCAAAUAAAUCACUUUCUCCCACUCUUCACCCUCUCUCUCCCUUCCUUCCCCGGCUCGCGGGAAAAGCCGCCCCGGGAAAUCAGCCAAGAACCCUCGGAACGAGGACAAAACCGCACACCAGAACGCGCACGAGAAUGACCGCCGGCGUCAGAAUCCACCCGCCCAGCGGCAGCUCUUCAUCCGGUUCAGGCUUCCCGUUCCUGUAGAAAUUGACCCGCCCGCCAGAGUGGAUAGAUAAUCUUGGAGGCGAGAAAUUACUCUUCAAACGCGCUAUGAUUUCGGCGUUAAUCUUGUUGGUUCCCGAUUCAGUGUGGGGUCAAGGGUCAAAUGCGGGGCCUCCUCCCUAGUCCAGUAGUCCUUCCAUUCCCAUGGCGCCCGCUAUGAUUUCUUGCCAAAUCCCUCGCGCCGUUGCCUCAUAGAGCAGCAAUCCCCCCAGGGUCAUCUCCUCUCUUCUCUCCACUCGCAUCGGUUCCUUCUCCCUCCCCUGCUCAUCCUGCCGCCGCUGCCCCGUGGCUCCUCCACUGAGGCGCACGGGCGGAAACAGGCCAAUGGGUUUGGUUCGGUCCAUUGGCUCCAUGUAGGCGCGUGGUUCGCUCACUGCAGAUGCCCUGCCUAACCCCGCAAUUCGUCGCCGGUUGCUGAUCAGUCGAGCUCCUGAUUUGGAGCUUCUUGGGGGAUUUUCUUGGGGCCCAGGGGCGUGUUUCAUUUGCUGCCCGGUUUGGCCGUGCAUUAAUAGCCGCUUCCUUGUGAUAGUCCUCUCCCUCCCUCCCUCCUCUCUCCUCUCCCUCGUGUCCUUGCUUCUGUUCUGGGGAGUGGCAGUCUGGUUGCGGCAACAAGAGUUCUUGGAAAGGUUCUGAUGGGUUGCUUCGGGUGCUUCGCGCCGGAGGCGGAGGAGGGAGACGAGGACCACAAGCCCUCCAAGCCCGAUGAUUCAUCAGGGGCUGAUGCGAGGAGGAAGGUGGCCCCGGAUGUGGCCAACGGCUACGCACACAGCUUCACCUUCAAGGAUCUGCUUGUGGCGACCGGCUACUUUAACGAGGCAAAUUUCAUUGGAGAAGGUGGAUUUGGGAAGGUGUAUAAGGGCAAGAUCAAUGGCCAGAUGGUUGCAGUGAAGCAGCUCGCUCAAGAUGGUGUGCAGGGGAGGAACGAGUUCUUGGUGGAGGUGCUUAUGCUGACUGUGCUCAACCAUCCCAAUCUAGUCAGCUUGGUUGGGUUCUGCGCGCAGGGGGACGAGAGGCUUCUCGUAUACGAGUACAUGCCGUUCGGCAGCCUGGAGAGCCAUUUGUUUGAUGUGCCUCUUGGCAAGAAACCACUUGAUUGGAAUACACGUGUGAGGAUAGCUGUUGGAGUAGCAGAAGGGCUUUCUUACUUGCACAAUGUAGCUGAUCCACCUGUCAUUUACCGUGAUAUGAAAGCUGCUAAUAUUCUGCUGGGUGAGGAUUUCAGUCCGAAGCUUUCUGACUUUGGACUUGCAAAAGUUGGACCAGUUGGUGACAGAACUCAUGUCUCCACAAGAGUUAUGGGUACCUAUGGCUACUGUGCUCCUGACUAUGUUGUGAGUGGUAAACUUACCAUGAAAUCGGACAUCUACAGUUUUGGUGUUCUUCUGUUGGAACUGAUAACCGGCAGGAGGAUUUAUGAUGCGUCAAGGCCUAAACCAGAGCAGAGUUUGCUAACAUGGUCAAGGCCAUUUCUUCAUGACAAGAGGAAGUUCUACCGGCUUGCUGAUCCGGCUCUGCUGGGCUGCUACCCGUCAUCGGCUCUGAACCAGUUAGUUGUGAUCAGCAUAAUGUGCCUCCAGGACCAGCCCCAUGUCCGCCCAAUCAUCGCUGAUGUUGUGACAGGCCUGAACCAUGUUGCAAGCCAGCCAUAUGCGCCUGAACGCCUGCCAGUAGCUAUGAGCUCCCCUGCGAACAGCGGGUCACCACAGUUCGUCCUCACGCCAUCCAGAAGGAGAGGCAGUAGGAGGACUGCACUGUAUGCGUAG